AUGGCCGCCCUUCGAAAGAUUCAGCGUAAAGUCGAGUUGCACCAAGGCAGCGACGAUAUUCCGCCCAACCGCUGGCAGAAUCGAGACUUGAUACCCCUUCCGCCUUCCCGGCGACAAUGGCGAGAUCUUGACUUCAUUGGCCUCUGGAGCACAGUCUUCCUGACCGUCUACGGGUGGCAGGCAACUGCCUCCGUACUCUCCUUCGGCCUGAAUGUGUGGCAGUCAAUCAUCUGUACGAUUAUAGCGCGAGUCAUCCAGCUUGCUGUUGUUCUCAGCCUUGGCUGGAUGGGUGGCGUAUGGCACAUUGGAUAUACUGUACAGUCCAGAUUCACUUUUGGUGUCUGGGGCUCGUAUUUCCCCAUAUUGAUCCGUGUGGGAAAUUUCGUAGUCUGGUACGGCAUUCAAAGCUUCACUGGAGGCCUACUUGUCAGUACAAUUCUCUCGACCAUAUUUCCCUCUUACCAGCACAUGAAGAACACGCUUCCCGCGUCAGCUUCGAUGACAACGAAGCAAUUUGUGGGCUUCGUUCUAUACAACAUCAUUGCAAUUCCAAUGUUGUAUUUCCCACCUGACCGGCUCCGUGUGCCUCUGAAGGUUGCAUUGGGGAUAAGUGCUUGCACCAUUUUCGGGCUGUCGAUUGGCUUGAUGGCGGCGGCGCAUGGAGUGGGUAACUAUAUUUCCACCAAGACGACGGCCAAGGCAGGCUCUGAGCUGGGUUGGGCGUUUGUUCACGGCAUUACUGCUCUUGUAGGCGGCAAUGCGGUGGGAAUGACCAGCCAAACCGAUUUCUCACGGUUUGCCCGGCACCCGAGGGACCAGGUAUUGGGCCAGUCCUUUGGGGAACUGUUCUUUGGAGUCGUCGUUCCUGUCUUUGGUGUGCUGGGUACCUCAGCCGCCGGCAAGAUGUACGGAGAUGUCAAUGAACUGGGUUUAUGGAAUCCACCCAACAUCGUACAGCUGUGGCUGGACACCGACUAUCAUAACCCGAAGUUACGUGCGGCAGCAUUCUUCACCGCCCUCGGCCUGUUGGCAAACAUUAUGGCCCUGAACUCGGUUGAGAACGGUGUCUCGGGAGGUAUGGAUUUUGCUGGACUGUGCCCAAAGUACAUCAAUAUUCGCCGGGGAUCCUACCUCAUUGCCGUCAUCUCGAUACUGCUCAAUCCCUGGCAAAUCCUGGCGAAGGCUUCUACAUUCACUGCAGCACUUAGCAGUUUCGGAGUUGUCCUAGGGCCCAUGAUGGGUGUCUUCACAUCGGAAUACUACAUGGUUCGUAAACAAAGAGUCAAACUCAGCGACCUGUACCACAGCGACCCUAGAGGCAUAUACUACUUCUGGAGAGGCAUUAAUAUUCGCGCCUAUGUCUCGGCUACAGUUGGAAUUGCCCCCUUUAUCGGUGGCAUGGCAUCAGUUAACCCAAAUAACAACAUUCCGAUUGGGUUGACACGAACAUUCUACCUCGGCUUCAUAGCAGGCUACGUUAUUUCCUUCCUUACCCAAUGGGGACUGAAUGUUGCCUUCCCACCCGCUGGGCAAGGAGAAGUUGACGAAUAUGACACAUUUGGUACUUUCACAGAGGAUGAGGCUCACAAGCUCGGUAUUAAGACAAACUUGGAAGCUGGAGAUGUACUCGAACAGAUAAACCUCGAGGCAUUGAAUAAGAAGGAUCGGUUAGGUGAAGGUAGGAGCGUAGCCUCCUGA